AUGCGUCCCCUCUCCACACAACGUCUUUCUUUUGGUCUUCUGCUCACCCUGGUGAGUGUUUUCAGUGUCAUGGCCGAGGAAAAUUUUAACCUUCGGUCGUUCCAAAUUGAUCUCUCCGCCAAAGUGCCUCGGAUGAUCCAGCGAAUUCGCGAGACACAGCUACCAAAUAAUCCAAUAUACUUUGAUAGUGGGACAGCUGCGGGUAUGGCCUUGAGUGAUCUCAAGUCCUUUCAAAAGGAAUGGCUCACAAAAUUUGACUGGAAUGAAGAGGAAAAGACCAUAAACAAGUUCAGCCAAUAUACUGCGGAAAUAGAAAACUUGACCAUUCAUUUUAUUCAUCAGAAAUCGGGCGCCGCUGACGCUAUUCCUUUGCUGCUCCUUCAUGGGUGGCCUGGCUCUUUCCUUGAAUUCAUACCUCUGAUCCACAACCUCACCGAGACAGGGCAAACAAAGUCAGGCAAAUCGGUCUCUUUCGAUGUCAUUGUGCCCUCUCUGCCAGGGUUUGCUUUUUCAUCUACCCCUUCGACAGAAUGGACGAUCCAAGACACAUCUCGUGUGUUUGAUACCCUAAUGACUGAGGUCUUGCAAUAUGAACGAUAUGCCAUCUUUGGCACUGACUGGGGUAGUGGUGUCGGAUACACCAUGUACAAUCAGUUUAAUAGGACAGUCAUCGCGGCCCAUUUAGCAUUCCUUCCCUUCUACCCAUUGUCACUGUCUGAACUGAACGCUGAGAACAUCACUCUUACGAUACUAGAAGAUUUCGAAGAGUCAGUGACUACGACCUGGAGUAAUUCGGGAAUUGGGUAUUUCUCAGAGCAAACCACAAAGGUAUCACAAGUGCCCCUCACUCGAAGGAACAAUCGCAAAAUCUCGUUUGGCUGA